ACUGGAGUAUGCGUAGAUUGAAAAACGUUUUUUUUAUCUCAUCAUAUAUUAUGUUGGCCCGUUAUAUAUUUAGAAGACGCAUUAGUGCCGUACGAACUUUAGUGAGCGAUACGUCAAAGAAGAAACAUUACUCGCCUUUUUUGGAAAAUGAUAAGCAAAAGUUACAUUUUUGCUCGGGGCAAAUCAGUCAUUACCAACGCAGUUAUAAAAGGGGAUAGUAAUACAUGGAGAAAAUGUUUGACGACUGCAACGUGUGUUGAGCCGAAGGGUCCGAGUGUAAAGACUCAAAUUCCUGGACCCGCAUCACGACAUUUAAAAGAAGAACUUGAUAAAUUUCAGCAAGCAGCGACAGUCCAAUUGUUCGCGGAUUAUGACAAAUCAUCAGGUAACUACAUGGUGGACGUUGAUGGGAACACAUUGCUGGAUGUCUACAUGCAAAUAUCAUCAGUACCACUGGGUUACAACCAUCCCGCGAUGCUGGAAGCUCUUUCAGAUCCCCACAAUCAAAGAACAAUCGUCAAUAGACCAGCUCUCGGCGUUUAUCCAGGUGCUGACUGGCCAAACAAACUCAAGCACGUGCUGCUCAGGCCUGGAGUCGCUCCCCCGGGUCUAGGAAAUAUUACGACAAUGAUGUGCGGCUCUUGUUCCAAUGAAAAUGCAUUUAAAAAUGUAUUUAUGUGGUACGCUGAGAAAAACCGUCAUGGUAAAUCAUUUUCUCAAGAUGAAAUAGAAUCAUGUAUGAUCAAUCAAGCUCCUGGAUCACCGAAGUACUCAAUAAUGUCAUUUAAAGGAGCAUUCCAUGGAAGAACUCUCGGUUGUUUAUCAACAACACACAGCAAAUAUAUUCAUAAGAUUGAUGUACCUGCAUUUGAUUGGCCAAUUGCCAGUUUCCCGGCUUACAAAUAUCCAUUGGAAGAUAACGUCAGUGCUAAUGCUGCUGAGGACAAACGUUGUCUAGCUGAGAUUGAAGAUUUAAUAGUCAAAUUUGACAAAGAAAAGAAUGUACCAGUCGCUGGUGUCAUUAUCGAACCGAUACAAGCAGAAGGUGGUGACAAUCACGCAUCACCAGAAUUCUUUCAGCAGCUAAGACAACUGACUAAGAAAUAUGGAGUAGCAUUGCUUAUUGAUGAAGUACAAACUGGUGGUGGUCCGACUGGUAAAAUGUGGUGUCAUGAACACUUUAAUCUUUCAUCUCCACCAGAUGCUGUUACGUUUAGUAAAAAAAUGCAAAUGGGUGGUUAUUAUCAUACUGCUGAGUUGAGACCUAAUCAAGGAUACCGAGUCUUCAAUACAUGGAUGGGUGAUCCAAGUAAAUUAAUCAUGUUAGAAGCGAUUCUUAAUGUUAUGCAGAGAGACAAUUUGUUGGAGAAAGUUUCAAAAGUAGGCGAGUACACGCUGGAUAAUCUUAAAAAAAUGGAAAAAGAAUUCUCGACUGUUAUUAAUUCAACUAGAGGUCGGGGUACUUUUAUUGCUUUCAAUGGAGCGAGUCCUAAAAUACGUGAUCAGAUUGUCAGCAAACUCCUCGCUAAAGGAAUUCAAGCCGGCGGUUGUGGUGCCGAUGCCGUUAGAUUGAGACCGGCUUUGACAUUCGAUCGGCAUCAUGCUGACAUAUUUUUAGACACACUUCGUAAAGUUCUUAAGGAAUAAAUAAAUAUAUGAAAAAAUCCACUGUAAAAAAUCGGGAGUGAAUUCGGAAUUAGAUUUUAUUUAACCCGUCAGCACUUCCGUUAAUAGUUGAAAUUUUUUCUAUCUUUGAAUAAUUUUAUCUAUUUUCAGAUUCCGCUUUAAAAAAAAUUGUAUGUUCGGUUAUUCUCGUAACUGCUCGUAUACCUUCUGCAGUUUGCGGUGUCUGGACUUAUCCGGUUGAAUUCGUUAAAGUUUAAAUUACGUUUAUUAAUCGUAAAUAAGUUACAAUUAUCAUUUAUUUGUUUAUUAUUAUUCUAAUAAUACACAGAGUAAUUAAUUUAUGAGAAAUGUUGUCGUAUUGAAAAUUUUAAAUGCGAAUUUACUUCGUCCGGAGUUUUAGAAAAAAUUACUCUGCAUACAGAGUAAAUGCGGAGUUUGUUUCUCCAGGGGAGUGAUUUUGGAGUCAUCUGGAUUUUAUGGAAAUCCAAAUUCACUCCGAUUCAAAGUUUUAGUGUCAAAAUAAACUCCCCUUUGGAGUGAAUUUUACUCCAAGGGGAUUAAAUAAAUAGUCCGCUCCGCAUUUACUCCAGAUUUAAUCCGCGUUCACUCCGCAAAUUUUUUACAGUGUAAUAAUAAUAAUAAUAAUUCAAAGCACAAUAAUCUCCAGUCUUCCAAAACUAUAAAAUCAAUUAUUAAAAUAAUUUUUAAAUAUUUUUGUAUCAACAAUCUAUUACUUUGUCUCCUUGUUUUAUUUUCCAACAUUUUUUUGUUUAAAAAUGUCGUUGUCGUACGUAAAAAAUUUUAUUAAUCACAAAAAAAAAUAUUUAUUAGCUGUAAGUAAUAAUUGUCUUCCACGAACUGUUUUAAGAACAAAUUUGAAAUGUUUGAAAAUUUUAAAAGAACUAAU